GGGGGGGGGGGGGCAGCCAAGUGCCUGCGGUGUCUGUCUGUGGUGAGUCGGCGACCGACCGAGGGCGUCUUGGGCCAGUUUUGCAAGCAAAAAAACCGCGAGAAAAACGCUGGCAAUUGGCAGUAUCUAGAUCUGUUUGAUAUCCAAAAGAGGCUCUCUGAUAUUCGAUGCAUGUUGUCAAGACAAGCGCAAGCGCGAAGGGGCGGGGUGGAAGUCUUGGCAAACGAAGGAAAUCGAGCGUGCCAAGACUUUUGAGACCCAGGAAGCUCUUGCCUGCUGUCCCGAUUCCCUGAUGUGCCGCCCCUUCCAUGCGCCGUCUGUACCGUCUGUACUCCGUACCUACUGCCCCCCGCUCUUGGGCUGACGCGUUUUGGUGGGAGUGGGAGUGGACGACCUUUUUUUUUUUUUUUUUUUUUUGGGUUUGCUGGGCAGGCAGGCACCCACGCCGAGCACCUUCCACAUGCCCGCACCUCACCCGCGGACCACCUCCCUUCCAGCCCGGUCAGCCCAGCGGUGUCGAGGUGUGGCACCGUGAGGUGGUUCCUCCCUCCUCCACUCCCCCAUUCACCACUCACCAUUUACCACCCACCCCCAGUCCAAGCACACCCCAGGGACUCUGCUGGUCUCCCACCAUGGACCAAAAAGCACGCCAAUCUGAGAGCAUCUCACCCGCCAAAAGAGAAAUCUCGUCGUCAAAAUAUACCACAGACACGUCCCCAAUGACGGAUGCCAAGACUUCAGAACCUCAUCGUUCCCUCAGCCCUGGGCCCUGUUCCUCUGUAGGGCGGUCCAUUUUGACAACGUCCCGUCCGCCAUGCGACGGCAAUCCACAAACGAAGCCCUUUUCGAAUAUUCCAUGCGUUUUCCAUCCCACCGGUCUGCAUUCGCUUCGGCCUUAUGGGGAGGGAGGGGGUCUCAAGCUGAAAUGAAUCUCGCGAUGCCACCAAGUACAAGACGUACAAAGUACGGAGCUCCCGCAAGAUAGCCAAGAGUCUCCGGGGGCACCAGGG